CCUAAUCAAUUUAACUUUUCUCGUCAUUCUUCCCGCUCUAACAACGUUUUUCACUCACUCUCUCUCUCUAUCCUCCGUUCGAUCUAUAUCCGAAUCGCCAUGGAAGCUCAAAUUUGGACCCCAAAGCUUGCAAGUUGUAGCAACAAUUAUAACUAUUGCACAGGAAUGGCAUGGUAUUUAGUCUCCGUUUUGCUGCUCUUAGGAAGGCCGGCUUCGCUCGAGGAACUCGUUGCCAAGUGUUUACUGUUUCGAAUAUCGCCGGAGUUCAUUGAGUUUCUAUGUGGAAUCCCUAAUUCGCCGAUUUAUUUGACUACGAAUAAGUUCGUUGUGAUUUCGAUGUCGGUGUAUAGUGCUUUUGGUGAGUUUUUUGCUAAUUCGAGGCCGAAGAUUGAGAGGCGAAUGUCUGGAGGACCAAGGGAGAGAAUCUUGCGUAAAGCUUGUGAUUUUGAGUUCAGGUACUUUAGGAAGAGAAAGAAGUUAGGGGAGGAAAUUGUGACAGUGGUGAAGAAAAGAGCAGUUCUGAGAUCAAUUGAUGAAAACAAGCGAGAAUCAACGAGCUUUAGUACAACUUCGAGAACACUAAACAAUGAUUAUCAGGGGGUUGAUCUACAAACUGGUUCACGCAGAGCCCUAAAUUCAGAGUCUUUUGGCAGAGUUCUUGAAACGGUUAAUCUAAUAAAUGUCACUGACUUGUUUGUGACCCCAUCUAUGGUGAAUUCUGGUUAUGGGCUGUUGGAAUAUCAGCAAAACAUUGAUGGAGAUCAGGAAAUUGGAAACAAGCACAAGGAAUUGGAGGUGAAUGACAUGGGUAACUGUGUAGUUAUGAAGGAACAUCAGGAUAAAUGUUAUGCCAACAGAACUUGCUUAGAUCUGCCUAAUUAUAAUGCAAAAGAGUCAAUGGGUUUCCUCUUAAAAACUUUAGCAGAAAUUUCAGCUAUAUUAGAAGAUAAUAAUGAUGUAGAAAAUUUGGAGAGUAAACUAGAUAAUGAUGUUCCUUUUUGUCUACAGCUUAAUCCACAUGAUAACUUAUCAGUAGAGUCUACUGCUGCUACAAAUGCUGCUGAAGACUUGAGACACAGUCAAAUUCCUGAAACAAACUUGCUCGACUUGAAUGAACAGCUACAGGUUGAUAAUGGAGGUCCCGAAGAAAGGGUUGAAAAUAUUUUGCUUAGCUCUUGGAGGGAUAUAUAUUGUUCUGUAGAUAAGUAUUGCCAGACAAAGUCAAAAACCAUUGAUGAAACACAUACGGUGAAGGAGAAGCAAAUAAAUGUUUUAACAACAAGCCAGCCUUUGGUUUCCACGGGUGAGGCACAUACUAUGAAAAUGGAGGACACAAUUGCCAUUUCAACAAGCCACCCUUUGUUUUCCAUGGGCGAAACAUAUCCUCUGAAAAUGGAGCAAACAAAUGCCGUUUCAACAAGCCAGCCUUUGCUUUCCAUGGGUGACACACAUACUGUGAAGAUGGAGCAAAGAAAUGCCAUUUCAACAACCCAGCCUUUGGUUUCCAUAGGCGAGGCACAUACUGUAAAAAGGGAGCAAUCAAAUGCCAUUUCAACAAUCCAGCUAUUGGAUUCCAUGGGUGAGACAGAUACUGUAAAAAGGGAGCAAACAAAUGCUAUUUCAACAAGCCAUCCUUUGGAUUCCAUUGGUGACACACAUACUGUGAAAAAGGAGCAAAGAAAUAUCAAAUCAACUAGCCUGCUUGUAGUUUCUGCUGAUUCACAAACUAAUGCUCAGAUUGCACAGACGAAGUCUUUAGUGCCAAAAAACGUGACUCAUGCUGAGCAGCCACGGAAACAUAGAACUUUGUCCAAGUCAAAGCAGUAUAGUAAAGUUGAUAUUGUCCAUAAGGAACGGAAAGAGAGACAACAUCAGAUCGCUGUUGCUGUGAUGGACAAACCCAAACACAUUGCUAGGAAUGGUGAAUCUAUCCAAGAAAGAUGUGACAAUGGUCUCAAGUCAUCCAAGGAUCAACGGAAGACAAAGUUUCCUGAAUUUGACUCUUACAAAGUGGAGGAGGAGGAAGGGUCAGGUGGUUAUGGCACUGUUUAUAGAGCAAGGAGAAUGACAGAUGGAUUGACAUUUGCCAUAAAGUGUCCUCAUGCUAAUGCUCAUAAACAGCAUGUCAAGAAUGAGCAUAAGAUGCUUGAACGAUUUGGGGGAAGGAACUUUGUGAUAAGAUAUGAAGGUUCCUUGAAGUGUGAAAGUUCUGAAUGCUUUGUUCUGGAGCACGUUGAACAUGACCGGCCAGAAGUGUUGAAAAGGGAGAUUGACAUGCCUCAGCUUCAGUCAUAUGGUUUUUGCAUGUUCAGGGCACUUGUUAGUCUUCAUAAACAGGGAGUUUAUCACAGAGAUAUCAAACCUGGAAACUUUCUGUUCUCCCGCAAAGAUCACAAAGGCUAUCUGAUUGACUUCAAUCUUGCUAGGGACAUGAAUCAGAAGCAUGGAACUAUUGAGACAUCACAGCCUAGCAAUGUGGCUGCUAUUCAACAGUAUUCAUCAGGUCAUUACAAGGUUAUUUCCCCCAACAAACGAAAGAAAGCUCUUGGUGCUCUCGAGAGCAAAUCCCUGAAGAAAAAACCUGUUGACAAGCUAAAGGCCUAUGAAGACUUAGGUCGUUGCAAUCCACUAACAAGCCAAGGUGCAGAGGGUUCUGGUUUAACUUCUGCAAAAGACUUGAGCACUAGAACUCCUUCUGUAGAAAGAUUGAGGGAACCUCUUCCAUGUAAAGGUCGCAAGGCACUGAUCAAUAUUGCUCAGGAAGCAAUGCAAAGUCCAAAUCAUGGAGCACCGAAAGCGCCAACUUCUAAUCGGAAAAGGGUCGCUGCUUCACCUGGGAUCACAGAUAGAAAACUCUUUCAUCCCACUCCGACGCCGCUUCACUCAUCUGGCAUUGCAAUUUCUGGUGCUGGGUCAUUGAACUCUGGUGCUGGGUCAUUGAACAAUAGAGGAGGAAUGAAGCCGAAUAAAGAUGGCCCAUGUGCAGGAACAAAAGGGUUUCGUGCUCCAGAGGUCCUGCUUCGAUCUUUGCACCAAGGUCCUAAGGUUGAUGUAUGGUCAGCUGGUGUUACGUUUCUUUACUUAAUAAGUGGAAGAAUGCCCUUCAAUGGUGACCCUGAACAAAACAUGAAGGAAAUAGUAAAACUGAGGGGCAAUGAAGAGUUAUGGGAAGUGGCAAAGAUACACAACCGUGAAUCCUCAUUUCCAGUGGAACUUUUAGACAUUAAAUUCUUACAAUCGAUGUCAAUAAAAGACUGGUAUUUGACAAACACGAAGAGACAAGAUCUCCUUGGGGUCAUCCCAGAUUCACUUUUUGAUCUACUUGAGAAGUGCUUAACUGUGAAUCCAAGAUUAAGAAUCACUGCUGAACAAGCUCUUAAUCAUGAGUUUUUUGCUCCUUGUAAAGAAGCCUUACUUAAGCAGAGGUUAUCGAGACAUGAUCAAAAACAGGAUUCUAGAAGCUCUUCGUUGCCUUUGUUAUGUGAACCUGUAAUACCUUCCAAAAAAAAGUUAACUGCUCCUGUAAAUUGAAGAUGGUCAACGCUUAGUUGUAUAGUUACCCUUGUAAAAAUCAUCAUACUACUGAAGUACCGAUUAAUUCUUUAUAGGAAGUGAGUGUGUUAGAGAAUCAUAAAAUCUGUUCAAGUCGUACCACUAAUUUCUUGCAGAUAUAGAAAGCAAAUUGACAA